AUGGAUUUAACCAUCACGGACGCCGAUGCCAGUGCGGCGAUACGUGACUCCACGCACGGGCCCACACGACGUGCCUCUGUUGAGUUUCCGCCACAGCCUAUAACCAACAGUCUCAAGCGACCGGAUCCUUCUAAGUUCGCUUUAAAUGUGGUUAUCCCCCCGUUUGAUCUACCCACGGUGUCAGAUACGAACUGCGCUGUGCCAGUAAGCACAUCCCGUGACCCGUUUAUUGGGAAAUCCGCAGCAUCUGCUACUCAUUGGCACAGGGCUAUUGGUGGACAUCCGGGUAUGUGGUCCACCGAUAACAUUCUGUGA